UGGAGCGGAGCCUUACGCCUUCUCCGUCGCCGCCGUGCGGAAGCCAAAGGACUAAACGCGACCUGGCGGUAGAGCAGCUUCUGGUCCACCCUAGCCAGUCUGUUACCCCCGCGGGCCCCCACCACAUCCCUCCGAAUGACGCUGGACGUGGGGCUGGAGGAUGAGUUGCCCGACUGGGCUGCGGCCAAGGAGUUUUACCAAAAGUACGAUCCGAAGGAUGUCAUUGGCAGAGGAGUGAGCUCUGUGGUUCGCCGUUGUGUUCAUCGAGCCACUGGUGAUGAGUUUGCCGUGAAGAUCAUGGAAGUAACAGCUGAGCGACUGAGUCCCGAGCAACUGGAGGAGGUGCGGGAAGCCACACGGCGAGAGACGCACAUCCUUCGCCAGGUCGCUGGCCACCCCCACAUCAUCACUCUCAUCGAUUCCUACGAGUCUUCUAGCUUCAUGUUCCUGGUGUUUGACCUGAUGCGGAAGGGAGAGCUGUUUGACUAUCUCACAGAGAAGGUGGCCCUCUCAGAAAAGGAAACCAGGUCCAUCAUGAGGUCUCUGCUGGAAGCAGUGAGCUUUCUCCAUGCCAACAACAUUGUGCAUCGAGACCUGAAGCCAGAGAAUAUUCUCCUAGAUGACAAUAUGCAGAUCCGACUUUCAGAUUUUGGAUUCUCCUGUCACUUGGAACCUGGCGAGAAGCUUCGAGAGUUAUGUGGGACACCAGGGUAUCUGGCACCAGAGAUCCUUAAAUGCUCCAUGGAUGAAACCCACCCAGGCUAUGGCAAGGAAGUUGACCUCUGGGCCUGUGGGGUGAUCUUGUUCACACUCCUGGCGGGCUCACCACCAUUCUGGCACCGGCGCCAGAUCCUGAUGUUACGCAUGAUUAUGGAGGGCCAAUACCAGUUUAGUUCACCUGAGUGGGAUGACCGUUCAAACACCGUCAAAGACCUGAUCUCUAGGUUGUUGCAGGUGGAUCCUGAGGAACGCCUGACAGCUGAGCAGGCCCUGCAGCACCCUUUCUUUGAGCGCUGUGAAGGCAGUCAACCCUGGAACCUCACUCCCCGCCAGCGGUUCCGGGUGGCAGUGUGGACAGUGCUAGCUGCUGGACGAGUGGCCUUAAGCACCCACCGUAUAAGGACGCUGACCAAGAGUGCACUGUUGAGGGACCCCUAUGCACUGCGCCCGGUGCGGCGCCUCAUUGACAACUGUGCCUUCCGGCUGUACGGUCACUGGGUGAAGAAGGGCGAGCAGCAGAACCGGGCAGCCCUCUUCCAGCACCGGCCUCCCAGACCUUUUCCCCUCAUGGGAACUGAAGAGGAGGGGGACUCCACUGCUGUUGCUGAGGAUGAGGCUGCGCUGGUGCUGGGCUAGGACCACAGCCAUGGACAGUUCCAGGACUCAAGUCUUCACGAGGAGAUUUUUUUAUCAUUCCAGCCUUUCAGGGUGUCUGACGUCAGGCCCUCCUGCCUAGCCAGGACCCCCCACUGAUCAUGCUACUGUCAUAGAGACCCACCUCAUACACCUACCCCCACUGGCCAGGGCUUGCAGAUGGAGACAGGGUAAAGGGGAGACACUCUUGAGUGCUAUGCCUGGCCUUGUCAGUGCUGCCUGUGCUGCAUCUGAAA